AUGUGCCAGGAGGACUUUGGAGCUGUCAUUCCCAUCAGGUCCAUCCCAAAUCACAUGUUAGACCAGCCCACCUAUUUUGAAGAUCUCGACGGGAACGGUCUUCUCGACCUCGUGGCUUUCGACCACGAAGGUCGUCUCACGGGAUACCAAGAGAGAACCGGCGACGGAGAUUGGAUCCCGUUCGCGGACUUCCACUCCAUUCCCACCAUCAACAUGCACAAUAAGAACAUAGCCAAGCUGGACAUGACAGGCAAUGGCCUCGAUGACUUGAGCGCAGGCAUCGUCGUCCCCAGUUUCCCCGCCGUCCGAGAUCCCAGCGAUGUCUUCGUGCUCGACCUUCUAGGCAAGGGCAGCUCUUGCUUAUGUCAUGUUAGCACCAAUAAGACAUCCAGUGAUAAGUUACUGGUCUGGUUUCUCGACAUGGCCGGUUCCUCGAAACCCAAUCUCCUCAGGUCCUUCUCUAACGGUAGCGGAUCCGUCACCACUGUCUCGUACUGUCCGUCUACCAAGUUCUUGCUGCGGGACGAGCGCAAGGGAAACCCCUGGAAGACCAAGUUCCCUUUCCCCGUCCAUGUUGUAUCACGAGUAGCAACCCAGGAUCUUAUAGCCCAUACGUGCUCCUCCACCCGUCCUUCGCCGCCUGGCGGCCAGCCCAUGGCUUUGGCUAAGCAAACAACCAACUUCAUCAAAUACUCCACGUUCGAGUACACAGACUCGGCCAUCAAAGAGCGUCAUGUCUUUUACAAACCUGUCAUCACUGAUGUAGCCAAAUAUAUCGUCUUCGGACUACCGCUCAUGGACACUGUCAGAAGUAUUACCAGCUUUAAGAAGGACUACCGCCGCCUUCAAGCUCAGACUGUCACAGAUCCAAACCAGAAUCGGACGCAGGUCCUUCGCAAUGCACUUGGACAUAAGGCUGCAACAGCCCAAAUAGGCAUUACGUCAACUUUACCUCCAUUGUCCCCAGUGCCACUGUCAUCAGAACUACAAUUCGCGCAAAUAUUAACCAUUCAACUCUCCAGGUCAAAGCAUGUCAUAGGCCAAGGCGCCAACGCAGAGCCUGAUAACAUCACAAUAGCAGUCAAUUACUUCAACAGCGUUUCUAGACUCCUCCAGUCCGUCACACUAAGGCUUUGGGAAACUGAGGGCAACAAGUCUACUUGCUGGGCCUUCUCAGGCAGUACCAUCUACAAUGAAGAUAAGAACAUACACCAAGGCGUCAAGUCAUUCUAUACCCUCAACUUCAUUAAUGCCAUAAGCCACUCCGUCGGAACACUUAAUCCUGAUCACACUUGGAGCAAGGUCAAGCUUAAACCAUGGACAAUCUACAACUUCAAUGCUAGCAAUUUAAUAAGGGGAUCAGGUCCCCUUGCUGAUAAAGACCUAGGUUAUCACACCAAAGGCCUUAAUAAGGCUCUAUACUUGCCUUCGUUCUACAACAGGGCAGCUCUCAAGACAAACCAAAAUGCCCAACUAGCGGCAGAGAAGAGCUUGGUAUAUACUGGCUGCCACACGUUGAGUUUUCUGAAUUCUCAAGGCCCAGUCGUUCAGACGUCCCACAAAAUCACAUCCGUAGAAGAUGAUCAUCACUGGGUCUUCUGCUACAACGCUCACAGUGACAAAGUCAAAGAAGUCAACCUACUUAGCCAGACUGUCCAGCAAUACACAUACGAUCUUUCCAGGCGCACCAUUCUAAGAAAAGCCAUGGACCCCGGAUCCGUCGUGGUCUUGUUCGACUGUCUCAGCAACCCGCUGGUAAGCUGGGAGAGAAAUGGAUGCCUAAAGCUUACGCAGUACAAUAGUCAACAAAGAGAGACGGAGGUCAAAGUAGUCAAGAACAACAAGGCAGAAUACAUCUGGUCGCAAAUCAAAUAUAGCGACAAUGAAGCAUAUAAGGCCAAAGCCUUGGCCUUGAAUCAGAGAAAUCAAGUCAUCAAUGUCUGGGAUCAGUCCAGUGUCAGAACAAACAAUCUCUAUGAUUUCAAAGGAAACUGUACCAGAUCCACUGUUAAGUACACGACUACAUAUCGUUCCGUGUUCAAUGCCACUCCAGAAAUGCUCCUUGACGGCGAAGUGUUUGUGAUAAAUUCCGAGUUCGACGCACUCGAUCGUGAGAAGUCAUCGACGGAUGCCGUGGGCAGGGUUACGCGGCGAAAGUACGAACUGGGCGGGGGCUUGACUGAAGUAUCGACCUCGUCGGAUGGUCAGAGAUGGGUUCCACAUACAUCAAGCAUUCAGUACAAUGCAGACGGGGUUUUUACUGUCGUUGAGCAUGGGAACUCUACGCGGACCUCUUAUACCUACGGAGACCUUGAUCGCCGUCUCGUAGGGAAGAGGACUUUGCGCAAAGACGACACGGUACUGGAUGACAUUCCAUAUGUCUACGACUGUCUUAGAAGAAUGGUCAGCACUAAAGAUGCCGCGCAACAGGACGUCUUCUUCCAGAACAUGAAGGUCGACAGUUCGUCAAACUACACCUACGAUACCCACGGCAGGCUGGUUGCCGCCACCGGAAGAGAAAUGCUCUCAGGCGCAGAAGAUCCCUGGUUCAGCUCCAGGUCUAAUUCUCUCCGGCGCCAGUUGAUUACUGAUGGCUUAUAA